UAAAACAAACAAACAGACAAAAAACAAUAAUGUAAUGUGACCAGUCACCUGUCCUGUCAGCAGCACGAGGCAGCUGUGCGUCUCUGGUUCCUCCAGGGAUCAGAUCGACCCUCUCAGGAAGACAGGGAAAUAAAGUGUUUCCGGUUUCUGCUGUGAGUUUCACGGAUUUAACAGCUGGUUAAGCUUUAUUUGAUUAAACACUAACAUUUUGAGGAAAGUGUCAAGUAUAACAUUAACUAAAAUAAAUUAUUAUAAAAUUCCCUCUACACAGCAGGGCCUUAAGAAUGGGUUAAAACUGAUUGAAUUUCUCUUUAAUAGUAAUUAUAAUGUUAACCAAAUCUGCACUAAAUACACACCAGUCUCCUGCUUUUAAUUGGCUAUGGAGCCUUUUACAUAAUCACACGUGAUCACAUGGUCAAGUUAUGACCAUUACAUGACUCACCAUCAUCUGAUUUAUGACUCAGCAAGUUGACUAAACCAAGAUGAAAGGGCAAGAUCUCGUACAUAAAACAAAAAUAACUCUACACUAAACUUUUCAAACAUUAAAACCUGAUUAUUUCUACAUCUGUUACACUGAAAGCACCAUCACCACCAGAAAUUUGGGGAGAUUUCUUCUUCCACUAUCGGCUGAGCUAAUCACCUGAAAGACAGUAAGCACCUAAAAUACUGCAAGUUAUUACCCUGAUUGUUCUGGUGCUGCAUCAGACACCACACACUUUUAAUUAACCUCUUGAUUGAGACUGAAUCACAUAUUUGGAGUCAUUAUUAUAUGAAUAAAAUUUUGGAUUAAAUUCUGCAGGUCUGUAAUGGAUAAAAACAACCUCAACAACAUUGUGUUACAUGUCAUCAGGGUCCUAAGCUAAAUGUUAUUUGAGGGGCCCUCCCCCUUAUGGCGCCGCAGGGGCCCGGAGCAGACGUAGAUCAUAUCGAUGACCUAGAAAAAAGGUGGUUUGCGGCCAGUGUCGGGCUUUGUCUUUGACCUCUCAUCCCACCAGUUUCUGAGUCUGCUCCUGUGUCGGCCGGGCCGUCAGCUUUAAGUUUCCUGUUCCAUUAAACUAGUCGUGGCUUGUUCUUCUUGGAUUCAUUGUGUAAUUUCAGUUGCCUGUGUCUGUUUAAUGAAACGAAAAAUACAUCAGAUCGUCUGGAAAACAAAAGGGAUCCAGGGUCACAAACAUUUGCCAUUUGAGGUGUUAGAAAAGACAAAAAACCCCGACAAACAUCCUGCACAAACAGGUUCUUCACACAUUUAGAAGUGAAUAUGACAUUACAGCAGGAAACUGUGGCCUGAGCAUAACACACAUGCUGAAGAAGAGGGUGAUGCAGCCCCCUGCAUUCAGUCCAUUUGCUGGCAGCGAAGAAGCAUGGAGAUAACAUCAGUGUGCGCUGUCAUCGCCACUCUGACAGUCCUGCCCAACAGAUCCCAGUUCUUCCUGUACGAGUCUGUCUCUCUGAGCUGUGGGCAGCAGGGAAACUCCUCUGACUGGAGGGUUAAGAGGAACACGUCCACAACAACGAAUGGAGAUUGUCUCGCGUUCUCCGAUAAAGGAAAUUAUUCCGACUGCUUCAUUGAAGACGCUUACCCAAUGGACGCUGGAGUGUACUGGUGUGAGUCUGGAGCAGGAGCGUGCAGCAACACCAUCAACAUCUCUGUAACAGCUGGCUCCGUGAUCCUGGAGAGUCCCGUCCUCCCGGUGACGGAGGGAGACGAUGUGACUCUUCGCUGUAGAAACAUCACUUCCUCCUCCAACCUCACAGCUGAUUUCUACAAAGAUGAUGUUUUCAUCAGGAGCAGCUCCACAGGAAACAUGACCAUCCACAGUGUUUCUGAAGCUGAUGAAGGUCUCUACAGGUGUAACAUCUCUGCAGCUGGACAGUCGACAGGCAGCUGGUUGAGAGUCAGAGCGAGGCAUCCUGACCCGCUUCAGUCCUCCCUCGUAUGCAUUCUACUUCCUGUGGUGGGUUUCUGUCUGCUGCUGGUGUCGGUGAUGCUGCAUUUCCUCUGGAGGCGCCACAAAGGUAAAGCCGAUGUUUCCUACACUGACGUCACCAUCACACAGAAUGUACAACCACAGAGGAUCACAGAUGUGGACGCUGCUCCGACCUUCUACUCGACGGUCAAACCGGGAUCCACCUGACGACAGCAAACAACAGCGCCAGAGUUAAAGUGUGUGAAUCACGAUGUGACGGAUCAAACUGAAGAAACGAUCAAUGUGCUUUUACAGUCUUUCAUGUGUCUCUGUAGUUUUGUGUCUUUGUAGUUUUGUGUCUCUUGUCUCUAAAUGAUUACAGUUUUUUAUCUUCAGGCCGAAAAUUGUCCCACAUCUGAUCUACGUUAUGAACAAGGGAAUAACAUCUUCUUGUUUAUUGUUUAAUAACAGUCACACAGAGAGUUCAGUGUUUUCCCCUCCAACAACUUCUUUCACUUCAUAGAGAUUUACGGACUUUUCACGAGACCGACCUGACAGGAACGAAAAUAAAAUUAAAACAAACACGAUACUGAAAGGUGUUUGGUGUUUUUGAGUUUCAGUAAAGAUAUAUUUGUUUGAACUUCCU